AUGGCGAAAAUAAGCAGCUUUGAAGAUCUAGAAGCAGGUGCCCGUACAUUCAUCACACCAAGAAGAAGUGAUCAUCAUAUAGCUGGAAACCAAGAUCCUCCUCCUACACAAGCUGUAGCAUCAGGUUUUUCUCAAAUUAAUACUAAAUUUCAUCGUUUUGUUAAUACCCUAAUUGGCGCUCCAAAAGGCACACCUCAACUUCGUCAGAAAUUGCUCAGCACAGGAUCACAUAUUACACAGAUGGUGAAAGAUACUUCAUCUAAACUCAAACAAGCCAGUAAAGCAGCAAGCAAAAAGAUAGACGAUGCUAAACUUUCUAAGGACUUUGAAUCAGUUCCAAAAGAGUUUCAGAAAGCAGAAAGGGAACUACAGUAUGACCCUUUUGUUCCACAGUCCAGCUAUACUUCAAGCGAGCAUGACAGAAAUUCGGAUAGAAACCUUGACCAGGGCACUGCUCUUACAGGGUCUAGAAGGCAGGAUUUCUUGCAGCUGAACAGUGAGAUUGUUCUCAAUGAAGCAAUCAUUGAAGAAAGAGAACAAGGUAUCCAAGAGAUACAGAACCAGAUUGGUGAGGUCAAUGGGAUUUCUAAAGAAGUUGCUGUGCUGGUCCAUGAUCAAGGACACAGCAUCGAUGACAUUGGUUCGCACGUCGACAAAUCAUAUACAGCAACUCAACGGGCAAAAUCCCAACUGGAGAAAGCGGCAAAGAUCCAAAAAUCAAAUUCAUCUCUGAUGUGCUUGCUGUUGGUGAUUUUUGGGAUUGUCCUGCUCAUUGUGAUAAUCGUCGUGACUGCUUAA